GGCGGGGCGGGCAGCCCGCUCCCCGGGCCGGGCGCGAUGGAGACGGGCGGGUGCCGCAUGGGCGGCGGCGCGGAGCCGGGCGGCCCGGCCAUGAUCACUCUGGAGGAUCUGGACGGGAUGGCGGAGGAGAGCCCCGACUCGGCGUACCACAGCAACGGCAGCAGCCUGGAGGAGGAGGCCGAGCGGAUGGAGGACGAGGAGCAGGAGCGGCUGCUGAGCUACUGGCAGAGCGUGGGCAGGGGGCACCAGGUGGACGUGCCCCGGGACAUGGCCGAGCCCAUCCAGCAGCUGACGCGGAACAACAGUCCCCAGGAGAGACAGACCGUGCCCUUCACCCUCAUCCAGCGCAAAGAAAAGCUUGGAGACCUGCUUUACGAAAAACGUCAGUAUGGAAAAGCCAAAUGGGCUUGUAUAAAAAUGAAAGAAAAACAAUAUGAACAGAGCAUAUGCCUUGGAUUCAUGAAGCUUAUGAGAUACAUUUGUGAGCAGAAUUCCUCAGGCCUGUACCUGGGGAUCACGAUACCCAUAGUGACCAUAGUGCACACGAAUGCAGCUCAGUCGGAGAUGAGGCAGGCGGUGACAGUGGCGUACUACCUGCCCGAGGUGCUGCAGGACCAGCCACCGCACCCUUUCGACUCCGACAUUGUCAUCGAAGAAUGGCCUUCUACUAUUGUUUAUAGUAGGAGCUUCAGAGGAAUCACCAAUGAAGACUCUAUAAUGAGAGAAAUAAACCUGCUGGCAGAAAUCCUGGAGAGCCCCGAGCUGUGUCUGCAGGAUACGUUCAUCAUCGCCGGGUACACCAACCCCGCUGCCGCCAACCGCCACAACGAGAUCUGGUUCCUCCAGAGACCCUGACCUCCCGCUGCUGCUGCUCCUCAGCCACAAAAACCCCUUCCCGCUCACAGGUGAAUCACGUAAGGCUACACCACAAACCCUCCCAGGUGUUAGGAUUGGGGCUUUGAGCCAGUUUAGCAAGGCAAGCACUCCAACUCCAUCAUCAGAGGCACCACCUGAAAGGUACUCCAUUUCCUAUGUCAACUUUUACAGCUUUUACACUACUUUUACAAAGAUUUUUAGCACUUUAAAAGUUAGUUCACCUUCCCUUUACGAGAUAAGGGAGACGGAGACCUCUCUCCUUGUCCACUCAUUAGCACCUCUAGACUUCUCUGGGACCCUGGGAGGGUCCCAGGGAGCUCCCAGAGCCCCUGCCCUGGGCACCCAGUGCUGCAGCAGCCACACACAGACCCUGGGGGAGCUUGGGGGGACACCUUUUUAGGGCCACCUCACACACACAGGCUGUGCUGCAAAAAAAGAACGUUCAGCUCUUAAUCUCUGGGGAGAACUACCAGAUUUAGAGCGCUGGGAUUAAAGCAAGGAGUAGGACUAGGCCAAGGCUGACUGCCAUCAUCUGCGGAGCAGAGAUCCAUAAGCUUACCUCAAAAGAGCACCCAACCAAAGUACUUCUAACCUUGGGCUGAGACCAAGAAGGCAGAACAGUCCUAAUGCUCACUGAAGCUUGGAUAGCAAGAGUUACAGGUUACCUUAAUCACACACUCAUAGUAAUCCCAUGACCAUAUUUGGCAUUUCUAAAUAGAAAGUGGUUAUUCUUAACUCUUCAGCUUUCUGAACAAUUUCAUCUUAUAACUUUGAUGAAUGUUAAACACUGCAGCUGAACUAAGUAGUUUGUUCAGUACUGCUGCACCGGCCCAGCAGUACCACACUAUUCGUGUUAGAAAUGAUACGAGUAUUUCACAGGAUCACAGGAAGAGGUUUCAGCAAGAAGUGAGCUCUGGCAGUCUCCUGGCCUGGCUCCCCUGGCAGAGCAGGCUGCCCAGGGCCUCACACCGCUGGAUUUUGAGCCUCUCCAGGGACUGGGAGCCCAUAACCCCUCCAGGCCCCGUUCCAGUAUUUGACCACCCUCACUGUGAGAAUUUUUCUUCCUAAUAUCUGAUUUUCCCUGUUACAGUUCGUUUCUUUUACCCUUAUCCAUCCAAUAAUUCCCGAAGCAGAGAGCUGCUAGCCCAGCAGGCUGUGAGGGAGAAGCCCACACCGCCCUCCCGCAUCGCUGUGCGCUGCACAGCACCCACUGCACUUUAGGAUCAGGGUAG